CUGCGCGGUGCGUUCUGCGCACGCGCAGCAGUUUUUGAAUCCUCCGCCUCUGCUGUUUAUUUAGGGCCAAGUCUGCCGUGCGGAUCCGGCGGCUCCUGGGCCGCCUCCGGCCGCCGUUUGCCUCUCGGCCUGCGGGGUUUAUUCUUUUUUCCACCCUCCUGGAACCUUGGCCUGCGGGGGCUUCCCUCUCAGGCCUCAGUCGGGCAUCGUGGGCCGGAAACAUGGCCUCCUUCCAUCUGGAUCAUCUAAAAAAUUACCACAGAAGAUUUUGCCGGCCUUCCAGAGCGCCCAACAUUCAAGCAAAGCAAGGCCAGAAUGUGCUGGAUAUCUUACAAGACUGUUUUGAAGAACAAAAUUCUCCAGAGUCCUUGCGUUGUUCCACACCUAAAGUGAAAGAUAAUCAUAAUCAAUCAGCAGGCAAAGAGAUUAAUGUAUUUCUUUGUGCUCAGUGCCAGGCAUCAUGUUCAAAAUCAGUUCUGGGUUCUUCAAGGAGCAAAGAAGCUUUUCUGCAAGUUGCUGCAGAACUGAGUGAAGCUGCUCAUGGAUCAGUUCAGGCUAAUGAAGUUCAUCCGAAAAUUCCGGCUACUGAUGUUUCUAAAAGUACAGCGGACUCAAACAACAUGUCAAGUAAAAAAACAAAUGGUCACCACAGUGCCACCAAUGCUGACUUUGUCUUACCUGGUGGCUCCCCUGUGGUUCUUUUGGGUGCAAAAGCAUCUGAAUUGCAGAAUGUUAUUUCAUCUCUUAGCCAAAAAAGAGUGGCUUCCGUCUUAAGAAAUUCAGGAGAUACAAAAUCUUCAAAUACAGACAUUUCUCUUAAAACCAGGAAAAGGUUAAACUUUGAAGAUAAAAGUAUUUUGAACAAAGCAGAAAUAGAGAACAAUGUAUUAGAAGAAGAUAGCACAUCAGAAGUACAAGAAGGAAUAGCAUCAGAAACGUCUCAGAGAAGACAAGAUUUGAGCAAUGAAAUCCAACCACGAUCUAAGAAGAGUUUUUCAGCAUUGUAUUUAGAAACUGUCAAGAGGAAAAGUGAAUCUAGUUCCAUUGUUAGGCAUACAACAGCAGUUCGACCUCUUUCAUCUCCUCCAAAUGACAUGAAAUUAUUAGAAGAUGAAUUUAUUAUUGAUGAGUCAGAUAGAAGUUUUGCAAGUCAACCUUGGGUGACAAUACCAAGAAAAAGCAGACCUCUGAGACAGCACUUGCCAUCUCCUGAAAACAUUGGAACUCCUAAAGAUAAGAAGUCAAGAGAAAAACCUCAUAGUGUGUCAGCUAAGACUUUGAUAAGUGGCUCCCAGUCUCAUAAGGCUCCCCCAAAAGAGAAAUCUCAGCCUUCUGUUGAAAACCUCCUGGGGAUUAGUCGUACGGAUGAAUUGGAAAAUGACUGUAGAUCUACAGAAAAUAAAAUGCAUUCUGAGAAUGCUAAAGAACCAUCUGGAAGCAAAAGGACUGUAAGACAGCAGCAGAGAAGAGCAUCAAAGCCUACAAUAGUUGAAGAGCAGGUUAACGUGCAAAAGGGUAGAAAGGGGAAGAGGAACAUGCCAAACACUGGCCGGGACAAGUCACAUGUAAAUUCAGAAAGAAAUAUGGAAGACUGUGAAGAGGUGAGAAAUGAGCCUGUUCCCAAGAAACAGAUGCUGCCUGUUGAAAACAAGAAAAAAAAGCAUAGCACCCAAAAAGAUAAGGAAAAAUCCAGAGAGAAAUGUGUUUCUGGUGGGUCUAAGGACAAAUGUGUGCCUGACGAAGUGUCUCUGAGUGUCAGGAGAAGUUGUAGAAUUUCUCACCAUCCAUCUGAGUGGUGGCUGGUAAAACCAGAGGAAGGUUCUGUUAAUAGGAGUUCUUCAAGAGAAAAUGAAUCGUCAGGGGUGGAUCACAAUAGAAGAAAACGGGCUAAGAAAAAUCAGUUACCUGCGAAUCCUGGGAAAAAACCCUUUCCAUCAAAAAGACAGAAGACAGAGAGCAGCUCGAGAGUACAGAAGUCUUCCAACGUUAAGGGUUCUAGAGGAAGUGUUAGUCAUGAUGAAAUCUCUGGUUCCCAGAGUGAGCCAUUGGAAAACAAUGAGGCAGACCCAACUCAGAUGAAAAGUCUGGAUAUUUCUGGACCUACACGAGGCUCUAAGUAUCAAAACAGUAUUAUGACUUCACAAAAUGUUCGUUUAAAGUCUCAUACUGGGAAAUAUACAAGUAAGACACCAAUAGAGUCUAUUUCGGAUUCAGGCGAGCCUAAAAAUUCGAUUUGGGAAGAAAGUGGACCUUCCCGGUUCAAGGAUCAUUUAAUGUCUGGAAGCAGUAAUUCUGAUGUGGGUGGUGAAAAGGAGAGUUUGGAUUUAAGAAUAAGAAGUUCUAAUGUGCCACCAGACGGGAAUAUACAUCACAAAUUCGUACUGCCCUCCAGAUCACCAAAUGUUCGUAGAACAAAGAGAAUACGUUUGAAACCUCUGGAAUAUUGGCGAGGGGAACGGAUAGAUUACCAAGAAAGGCCAUCGGGAAGAAUUGUCAUUGGAAUAUUAUCCCCACCUCCAGUAUCACCCAGAAGAAAGUCGAAAAGAAACCUGGCCAAAGUCACCAAAAAAGCUAACAGGAAACGGAUCCAUCGUGAUAACUAUGAAAAGGAUAGGUUAGUAGUGAAUCUGGAUAUAACUCUAGGAGAUCCCUUUCAGGCAACGUUGGCAAAGGACCCAGAAACAAGAGAGAUUGUCCCUAUGGAUCUUAUAAGACCACGAGAUACAUACCAAUUUUUUAUGGAGCAACAUGGUUUGCAAGUUUUUAAAACAAUGGAUACAGCAGUUUUUUCUACUGGAAAAUUGGUUUUAGGACCCCAUGAAGAAAAAGGAAAGCAACAUGUUGGCCAAGAUAUAUUGAAACUGCAAGAAGACAACAUGGAAGGUCUCUAGAUCGAACUACUAGUUUACAGGGAAUGAAAGAAAGCUGAAACUGAAUAUAAUGAGCAAAGUCCUGCUGUGUAUAUAGGAGAGCAGUAGGAACUGAAAAGAGAGAGAGGACCAGGUAAAACCUCUAUGUCAGGGCUUCCCAACAUAGCACUGCUGACAUUUUGCCCUGGGUGAUAGUUUUUAUUGAAGCAGGGAGCUAUCCUAUAUAUAGAAGGGUAUUUAGAAGCUUCCCUAGAGUCUCCCUACUGGUAUCACACGAGACAGUGGCAGUUAGGUUUUCAGAAACUGUUGUAUCUUGAGGAGAACAAUCAAUCAGCCUUUAUUGAAACCACUGCUAUUGGCUGAAAGGACUGACCAGUCACUGUGUUCACCUCUAAUGUGUAUCCUAGUCCAAAAAAAAUCUUGCAAAUAUGUGGUUGACACAAUUAGAACUUUGAACAUUAAUUUUAGCGAUGACAAUAUUGUGGUUAUAUUCUUAUAAAGGACUUAAUCUUUUAGUACACAAUGAAUGCUUAUGAACUAUUUAUGCUAGGCUUUCUUCUCAAAUACUAACUAAUGAAGGAAAUAGACUGUAUAUUGGACAGGUAGUUUGUUAUAGGUAUUCAUAGAUGUUUGCCAUUUAGUUCUGUUUUUGUCUGUAUCAAAUUCUUGUGUGUGUGUGUGUGUGUGUAUGUGAAUGUGCUUGUGUGUUGGUGGGGCUGCAUGUGUAUGGGUAGGGUAUACAUAUGCACAUGGAAAUCGGGUUGAUUGCAGUUGCUUUUCUACCUUAUUCUCUGAGAUAGUCUUUCCUAAACUUGGAGCUCUCCAAUUGGCUAGACUGGCUGGGCAAUGAUACCCUAGGAUCUUCCUGUCUUCACCACCCAUGCACUGGUAUU